GCGAGUAUGAAAUUAUAACAUUAAACAAACACCAUAAACCUCCAAACUGUUCACUAUAUGUCCAUAUGUUUUCAUAUUUGCAUUCGAAAGGGCUCGUCAUCAAUUUUGAAAAAUAAAGUAAAACAUUUUUGCAGAGUAUAUUCCACUACAAGCAAAAUAACGAAACUCUUAGUUAAACUAAAUGUAGAAUUCAGACGAGACAAAUGUAGGGUAAAUGGAGUUACGGAUGGCAACAAAGCUGGCUUACAAUAAAUGUGACACACACAUUGACAUAUAUUCUUCCCUAACGAUUACUGUAGAGUGAAUCAAUAUCAAGAACAUAAUCAUGCGCACAUUACAUUAAGAUUGCUGUCAAGACGAUCAAGCGUCAACUAACAGUUGCAGUGAAAUGACUGAGACUUUUCGUAGACAUCAGGAGUUGCUGCGGUUUCUGGAUUUGCGUCGAAGUGAGACGUCGAUGUUUUGAUUCUUCCGAAACGGAAGCCGGAAGCAUCCGGUUUGUUUGUUAGCAACAGUUGCCUUCUUGUUUUUUAGGUUUCAAGCCCACGUUUUGGGUUUAAGGCACCCCAUUACCCUGUUGUCCAACAAACCUAUCGUCACAAGACUCUAGUAGGCUCUCGGGGACGACUUUUCGGCUUUAAAGUGCCCAACGACGUAUGAGUUCGGCGCGCGAACUUUGAAUUCUGCUAGCUUCUAGCUAGACUGCUCGUCAACGAAAAUGUCUCGUUUCAUUCGGUCCUCGCGCAGUCGACAUGCAUGGAUACAUGAUUAUGUUUAAUCCACAGUGAAACUGUGAACGUGUCCACGCUCGGAACGCCGCAGAAGUCUGUUUUAUCUGUCAGCCAAUGCAGGUUUGAGCUGUCUGCGGAGCAUCGUUGGAGCCAGCAGGAGCCACGCCGUUAACUUUCCUGUUCCUUGUGCAAGCUCUAACAGGAUGCAACCUGAGAACCUGCUCAUCACUUGGUACAGACACACCUUUGGUCCUGAGUUGUUGACUUCACGGUUCUCUACAGGUUCUCGCCAUGCGGCGCUGACGGCUUUAAGACAGCGUUCUCAUGAAUCAUGCCUGAAGAAGGUCAACGCUCAGCCACUGGAACCAUUCCAAAACUCCAACACCUUCCAGAAUGCAGAGGAGAUCCAGACUGAAAGACGGCUUUCGUCGGCUGACUUUGGAGAUGCUGACAAGGCAGACCAAACUGAGAGCGAGGCAAAUGUGGACAGCCAGGUGUGUCGGAUCCUGGAAGAGGCUCGGAUGUUGCUGAAAACCAAAUGGGACUGUGGGAGUGCCCAAAUACCAGUAACAAGUACAGAACCAUGUUUGCUGGUGAGGACCGUGGACGCAGCAGGGGACCACAUCAAUAACGGGAAAAGGAGCUCAUCUACCACUCAUGCUUCUGAGCAACAACACACUCGACCGGUUUCCUCUGUGUCACCCCACAAUGAUAGGCGCAGGUCUGACAAGCACAACACCGCAACAUCAGCUCAGGAACAAGCCCAAAGAAAAAACUCGGUGUCCUCUAACAAUGGUGUUAAAGCUUCAAAGAAACCAUGCAAGCACAGAUCUGCGAGGCGGCUCGAGGCUCCAUCCCCUCUGGAGGAGGCUCGACAGGUUCUGAAGCAGGUUCAGAAGCAGAAGAAGAUUCUAGAUGAAAACCUGGAUUCUCUGCAAAGAGUCAGGCCUGGUGAAUUCCUGUACUGCCACCCGGACGCCUUGUCUGGCAACGACGACUCUGCUCACAUGCUGAGGGACGCCAAGACGAUUGACACUCUGAUCAACCGGAUGACCGAAGAAAUCCAGGAAGAGUUGGCCUCAGAGGAAGUCAUCCACCAGAAACCAGAAAAAGCCAGAACCCACUUGCAACAGAAGCCUUUAUGCAGCAGAUUGAACAAAAUGACAGGUGGGGAAAGAAAAGCAGCAAAGAAGCCCAGAGGAGCUGGAGCUAAACCAGCUGCAGACAAUGGAAGCAGAAGAGAGAGACCCGACGCCUUGGGUUCAGUUGGACACGUGGAUGAGGAAGCGUACCUGACUCACCUCUACGGCAGACGACCUUAUGUUGCUGUGAGACGAACUCUAAAGAAAGAUCCAUACCUUCGCUUCAGCUCAGCGGUUCAUCCUAGCCACAAGAAGCAGCAGCCCCAGUUGGUGGAGAGUGUCAGAGGUGUGAAGGUGAAGUCUUGCAAGACCCAGACUAGUUUGCUCUGCUGCUCAUCAGGGGAACCUCAGCAGCCUCAGGACAACUACCACCCCUCCCGCUUGACCUCCAACAAACACGUCCAGACUCUUGCAGAGGACUAUGGCGAGGUCGUCGCAAUCCCACUUGCUCUUCCGAAAAUAGGCCCCUCGAGGAGUCAUAGCCAACACGCCGCCACCUCUCCACCAAGGGUGUCUGCUCAAUGUGUGGAAACAUGUCAACCGUCCACAGAGGUUGAGCAGCCGGUCAGAGAUGAAGCUCUCCCUCCUCCAUCCAUCACUGUUGAGAUUAAUGAGAGUAACGGGGAGGAGGAGUUUGUUUUUCCUGGAGCCCAGUCUCUCCAUGUCGCUGAUAUUCAGGAGGAAGAGCGUGUUGAGAGUGAGAGUGUUCUUCUUGUCGAUGGGGCUGCCUCGCCCGAACCAGUCCAAUAUCAGGGUCCAGUGUUUCCGCCACAAACGGUUCCCCCUCCACAGCUCCCGGCCUCACAAGCCGCACCCAGAGACCCGCUUGUGGAACGCAUGGUAGAAUGGGUGGAGCAGCAUGUGAUGUCCACAAUGAUCGCACAGAUGGUCCACCGUGCUCCGUCAGACCCCACCCUGAAGGUGGCGUCUGACCAGUCAGAGCUGGAGGAGAGUGUCACAUCAGACAUUGUGGAGGCAGCAGGGGGCGGCGGUCUGCAGCUCUUCGUCAAUUCCAACGUGGACGUGGACUCUGUAUUGAUUAGACAGCUUGUUAAUGAAGUGUUGGCAGAAAUCAUUUCUCAGAUGUUGGGACAGCGGGACACACCAGAUCCUGUACCUGAUCAUCCAGACCCGGGUGAACCAUCCCAGGAGAGAGUGGUCCCCCUGCUCCCUACCCCAGCACCGACGCCACCUGCAAGCCCCCUCCUUCACCACACAAAGGACACACCCCUUCACACACCGACCCCAUCUGAGCCGGCUAGCUUGCUGGAGGAAGAGCCACCACAACAUGCAGCAGGUGUUGCAGCCACACCCAUCCCCAGCCCUGAGCCAGCUCCAUCACCCCCUCCUCUUGAGCCUCAAGCACCAUCUGCUCCCACCUGGGAAGAUGCUGAGCUGCCCCUGGACGAGGAGAGGCCGGAGGAGAACCUGGACACAUCCGCACCGCCCUUGGUGAUGUCAGUGGCUCAGGAGGAGCCUCUUAUCUCCUCACCACAUCCUCCGCGCCGCUCUCCGUCUCCGCCCGUCCCAUCUCCACCAGCCUCGCCUGCCCGAACAGCCGCUCCAGUGGUUUGCUCCCAGCCUUCCCCCUGCAGCAGCAGCAGCAGCAGCAGCAGCAGCAGCAGCAGUGACUCCAGCAGCGCAGACACGCCCACCGAGGCAGCCAUCAACCCCAUCUCUGAGGGCGAACUGCUUAUCAGUGUGAACCACCUCGCCAUCACAGACGAAGACGUGGUCGGCAGCACCUCCAGCUCUCUUCUUGAAAUGGACUUUGACCCUCCUAGCGAAGGGCAGGUCAAGGGUCACACCCUUCAACUGACUGAGAUAGAGCAGGGGGUCAGCCUCACCCCAAGAGGCGAGAGACCACAGCCUGAGGGCUCGUGGGGGGGAGAGGAAGACCCGUCAGAGGUAGCAAGUGUGGGGGAGGUCAAGGAAGACUGGACUGUGAAGCAUCAGGGGACCACUGACCCCAUCAAGCUGGGUUCAGACUCGACGGGCGGUCAUAGCGUGACCUCGCCAGGACAGGUCAGUCAGUGUCGAGAUGAGCCGGUUAGUAGUUUUGAUGUGACCAAUCAGAGCUCUGUGACUUUGGUUGACCUGACAGUGGAUCCAAACGGCACUCUGACCUCCGAGCCACAAGGACAUGUGACGCUGUCCCCGCCUGCGACUGCUGGUCAUGUUGUCAUGGUGAAGCGGUUCAAAGGUCCAACAGAGGAGCAGCAGGAGGAGGAGGCUCAACUGUUUGCGAGUGCAGCAGAGGAGGAGGUGAUGGAGGAGAGCGUCAGCGCAGCAGGAGACUCCGGCGGCUCCAGUGCCGAUACUUUUUGACAUUAUCGGCUAAACAGGGGUGAUGAUCUGCAACCAUUACUUUGCACAAAAGUCAGGUCUGGCCGUAUCAGUUAAGUUUGUUUGACUCGAUUCUCCUGUCUGUUUUUAAAUUACAUUUUUUAUUCCAUGAAAGUUUAAUUGGAAGAGUUUACUUCAAACGUCUGUGUCUUGGUUUAAGUUCUUUGGCAAAAAUAGAUUUUUCACCAUUAUAAUCUGCAUCUCACACACUGCCACUGUCUUUGUGGGGACCUCUCCUGGCCAUCACCCUUUCCUCUCCCCUCUAAAACACAUGGCUCACCUGAACCAGGACUCAGAACCAAACUGGAACCCAUUCCCACCUCAAAUUGAGGCUUAACCUUGUGGGGACCGACAAACUGUCCUCACAAGCUGGCGUGUUCCUAAGUGUAGGUCCUCACAAGUGUAGCUAAACCUUGUACAUACAUGCCGCUGUGCAAGACAAUGGCUGAUAAGCACAAAGUGAAGUGAGAGUGACAAUGAACAGCAGCGGAUUCGCUUGAAUUCCAUCCACCACAAUCGUCUUGGUGAUCUGAAAGUCACGUCUCAUUCCAACUGCAUCCUGAGGAAGAAGGCUUUGGAGUGAGGCCUCUCCUUUUUCACUCACAUACAGGACCUCCACUCGGUCAGACAGACACCUAUUCAGGCUUGUGAAAACAUAUUUUCCAAAUCCCGACCAGCAAGAGUUCUCUUACCCAACCCUGAAUAGACAUGUGUCUGUGCGGCCGCGCCAGGAAGGGAUCAGGGGCCAGGAUCUGCCACUUGACUGGCGAGUCUGUCCUUUUCAAUAGAACAUGCAGCGGAAUGCCGACUGUACAAUACAUGACCCUCACGUUAAAACUUUAGAUUUGGCCCUUUAGAGCAGAAGUGAAGCAACAUUUGUUUGUAGUUCUUAGUUCCGUUGCAGGCAGGUUUUAAGGUGUCAGUGUUGCUUUCUCACUGUGGAUUAAGUCACAGCUUGAUGCUUUCAGUUUGACUAAAACUCAUAAAGGUUUAACUCGCCAACAUUGUGAUUUCUGCACAGCAAUGUCACAACUUGUGGAUUUGACUUCACACCGAUUUGCAGUUUUAUAAAGCCAACUGAAGCAGAAUGCUCCGGAGCAGGUGUUGGAGGCCAUGGAGGUCGUCGAAAGUGACUUUCUUAUUUGGUCACAUCCUCCAUCUGCUCCACACAGUUAGUCAAUUAUUAAGAUGAAGCAAAGAUGAAACAAACGUGACAUCUUCAAGAUAUAUCGAGCUGUUUCUGUCCUUGUCUUUUAUAUGUUGAGCCAGUGGAAGCGGAGUUACUCUCUGGUUUGCACGUAUGUGUCUAGCAAUUUUAAAAUACUUGACUAGAACAAGGAAAUAAAUGUAUUUUAGCGCAAUAGUUUGUUUUAUUUUGAA